AUGGCUGGUCUUGGUGGCUUCAGAGGCAUCAGCCUCGAGCAGGAUGCCCGCUUCUCCAACAAGCAGAAGAAGGCGCUCAAGCAGAUGAAGUUCCCGGCUGAGCUCUCUCUGUCGGUGAACUACGACCGCGUCAACUGGCCCGUGAUGAAGGAGUGGAUCGCCAAGCGGGUGACGGAGCUGCUGGGCAUUGAGGAGGAGUUGCUGAUUGGGACUAUUCACAACUACCUCAUCGACGAAAGGAUGGACCCGAAGCUUCUUCACGUGCAGCUGCAGCCGUGCCUUGAGAAGAACACGGGCCUCUUCAUGAAGGAGCUGUGGUCGCUGCUGCACAGCGCCAGCAACAACGAGGCCGGCGUGCCGCAGCAGCUGCUGGACGCCAAGGCGGAGGAGCUCAGGGUUAAGAGGGAGGCGGAGGCGGAGAUACAGGAGACGAUCCGUCGCAAGCGCGAGGAGGCGGAGAGGGAGCGCGCCGCCUUGCUCGCCGCGCAGGCCGCGGUGCUUGCUGCCUCCUACCCGCCUCCGCCCGCGCUGUCGGCCGCGCCGCGCGCGGCGGGGCGCGGCAGCCGGUGGGACCGCGACAAAGGGGAGACGCUCCCGGGGCCGCCGCCGGGCCCGCCGCCGGCGGGCGGUGAGGAGCCGAAUGCAACGACUGCGGCGGUGGAGGAGGCACGGGACCGCGGCCGCGGCCUCGCCCGCGGUGACGAGACGCGCAGCAGGGGCAGGAGCCGCAGCAGGAGCAGGAGCAGGGGCCGCGGCGGCCGCGACCGCGACCGCGACCGCGAGCGGGACCGCGAGGGGCCGAGGUCUGAUAGGGGCAAGAAGCGGAGCCGCAGCCGCAGCCGCAGCGGCGAGCGGCGGCGGCGGCGCAGCCGCAGCGGCGACCGGCGGCGCGACAGGGAGCGCGCCCGCAGCGGCAGCCGCGGCAGGGACAGGAGGGGCGGCAGCAGGGAGCGGGCGCGCAGGGAGCCGGAGGGGUCGCGUGGGGAGGAGCGGCAGGGGCGCGAUGAGCGCGGGGCGGAGGAGCGGCCGCAGAGGGAGGAGCGCUCCCGCAAGGAGGGGCGGUCGCGCAAGGAGGAGCGCGGCAAGGAGCACAAGCGCUCCAGGGAGGAACGCAAGUCCAAAAAGGAGCGCCGCCGUAGCCGCAGCCGCAGCCGCAGCCGCAACCGCAGCCAAAGCCAAAGCCGCUCCCCAGCCAGGAGCCCGGCCGGCCGCGACAAGGACAGGGGGGCCAGCCCCAAGCGCAGGGCGUCUCUCAGCCCCAGGCCGGAGGCCGAGGGCAGGCGGCGCUCGUCCAGCGCUGGGCGCGACGACGACGCUGGCGCCAAGGGCGACUCGAAGCAGAAGGAGGAGCGGCACGAGGCUGGCGCAGAGGCGGAGGCGCGGCUGGAGGAGGGCGUGGAGGCGGCAGAGAACGGGGAGGGCGGCGCCACUGAGCAUGAGGCCAAGGGCUCUGGCGAGGGCGGCGCUGUCGGGCGUCCCCGCGACGGCCGCGGAGAUGGCGGCGGCGGCAGCGACAAGGGAGACGGCGAGUGA